AUGGACCUUAAUUUUUACAAUAAUUCAUUCUUCUAUUAAUGUUUACGAGGACCAUAGUCUAAUAGAAGAAAUUCAACUCCUAGAAAAAGACAUAAAUUACUUCAACCAACUUUAUAAUUAGAUUUAAGUCUAUUGCAUCAUAAUAGCAAUUUGGCUGAUUCUGCAAUCGUUACUGUAACUAGAAAUCGUCAAUCUCAGGAUGUUCCUAAUGUUUAAGCAAAUGAUGUUUCAAAAAAAGAAUCUACACAUAAAAAAUCAAUGAUAAUGAAUAAAAGUUCCAAUAUUCAUAGAUUAUAUACCUAAAUCAAUGACAUUAAUAGAUAGCCAAUUUUACUAGAUCAUACAAAGGAUCAGCCAGAUGUUAUAUUAUAAUAUCUUCCAUAAGGCUAGGAAUUUAUUAACAAAAACAAUAAAUCUAUUUUAUAGGCAUGGAUACCAACCUUGUCUUAGGAAGAAAGGAAAUAGAUAGAAAAAAACAAAAAAAACUUUCCAAUUCCUAGAAACAUUACUUAUAAUGAAAUUAUGGAUGGAUUAAAUAAAUUGUAUGGAAAAGGGAAAAAUAGAAGAUUAUGGCCUGGAGAAGAAGCCUUAUUGAUGGAAACUAUUAGAUUAUACAUUGAUAAGGUACUCUAAAAUCCUAGAUUAUUGAUGCAGAGUGUUGCAUUCACUUUAUUAUAAAUCAUUACAAUAUCAGGAUUGACUGAAAUAGCAAAUUAUAAAUUGUGUAUGCUUUAAUUGGAAUGUCAUUGGAAGAUGAUGAUUACAAGAUUCAGAUAUAGUGGCAAUAAAGAAUUAAAUAAGAAACAUUGGCAACACUGGCUUGAAUUAGCCUAACUUAGAGGACAUUUCUUAAAUUUACAUACCGAUAACGUUUUAACUCAGUAUCUAUUAAAGCAUCAAAAAAUAGAUUGA